UGUCACGGAUUAAAAAAAAAAAAAAAAAUAAUAAUAAUAAUAAAAGGACGUGUUUCUUUGUCGUUUCCAAUAUAUCGUUUUCUCUGUGAAGAAAAGAGAGAGAGAGAGAGAGAGAGAGAGAGAGAGAGAGAGAGAGAAAGAUAGAUAGACAGAUAGACAGAAAGAAAGAGAAAGAGAGAGAGAUAGAGAGAGAGAGAUAAGAAGAGGAACGCAUCAUGGACAUAUCAGAAGAUUGUUGGGAGCACGUGGGUCUCCUUCAGGAAGUCUCCCCCUCGGAACCAGCUCCACCACCACCUCAACCAGACUUCCUCAUUCAGCAACAGGAGCUGCUUGUGAGCGGCGGGCAGCCGACAACGGCGACUUCGCCAGCGAUGUCGUCAGGUGGAGCCUUAAGUCCUGGUGCCCUUUCACCCUCGUCGACGGCGACUACGACGACGGGGGCAGGAGGUGGAACCGGUACUUCCGGUGGCGCUACAACCCCUGUUGCUGCCGCAACAGGACCUGGAUGCUGUGAAAAUGGGAGACCUAUGAUGACCGAUCCAGUAACCGGUCAAACUGUUUGCAGUUGUCAAUAUGAUAGUGCCGCGAGGUUGGCAUUAGGGGCUUAUCCAAGAUUGGCACCAACUGCUACCUCAUAUUCCUCUUACCCCACGCCAACACCUUCUACCACCGAUCAGGCUCCUUAUCCUAGUAUCGGUAUGGACAGUUCUGCCUUCUAUUCACCUCUGGGAAAUCCGUACGGUCUGAAGGACGCUACGGGGAUGGGGAUGACGGCGGAUAUGGGUGCUGCAUGGGGUACGGCCGCUCUUCAACCUGCUGCCACGGGUUACUACCCUUACGAUCCGACCCUGGCCGCCUACGGAUAUGGUGCGGGUUACGAUCUUGCAGCACGACGAAAGAACGCUACGAGGGAAUCGACGGCGACCUUGAAAGCUUGGCUGAAUGAGCACAAAAAAAAUCCUUACCCGACUAAGGGCGAAAAAAUAAUGCUGGCUAUUAUUACAAAAAUGACAUUGACGCAAGUAUCAACAUGGUUUGCGAAUGCACGAAGACGUUUGAAGAAAGAAAAUAAAAUGACAUGGGAACCGAAAAAUAAGACCGACGACGAUGAUGACGCGGUACUUACGGAUUCGGAAGAUAACAAGGAAAAGGAUGAUCUUGCGAAUGAUAAUCGUGGUGACAGGGUCGGCGAGGACGCGAGGAGAGGUCUCGACGAUAACGAGCCAAUGAGACACGUCAAGGCCGAACACAUGCAACACGAGAAAGACCUUGACGAUGAGGAUGAUCUCGAUUUGGAAGAGGAUCCACGUGGACGAGGAGAAUUACCGUUUCAUCAUACGAUGCAACACCAUCAUCAUCAUCAUCAGGGUUAUGCGACGGACGAGCAUUUGAAAGAUGAAAGUAUUAAAACGGAUUGCAGCGGUGGUGGUGUACCGAUACCAGCGACGAAACCAAAAAUCUGGUCAUUGGCGGAUACGGCUGCUUGCAAGACUCCACCACCACCGUCUCAUCCUCAUCAUCAGCAGUAUCAUCAUUUGCAUCAUCAACAACAUUACGCUCAACAACAACAUCACCUUGGCAAUCAAAUACAUCAUCACCACUCGCAACAACCUUGGUUAGGAUCUGGUGGUGGUGGUGGUGGUGGUGGUGCUGGUGCUGGUGGUGCUGGUGGCGGUGGUGGUAGUGGUGGUAGUGGAGGUGGUGGUGGCGGUGCUGGAGGUGGUAGUUUGAGUACAUCCUUCGCGUUACCGUCGUCGGCUUCUAUGAGUCCUUCGGCGGCAGCGACUGCACCUUAUUCCAGUGCUGCCGCACGAUACGGUGGUUUCCUAUCGUCCUCAUCCGGUGGACAACUUCAUUAUAAUCCAAAUUCCUCAUCUGGUUCAACAUCAUCCGCGUCCUCGUCAGCUGCGGCGGGGUUUCCAGAAGUUGGUACGGAUACCCCACCUCAGACGCCACCCAAUAUGAAGGUGGCCACUCCGAAUGGGGUGAUCCAACCACCACCGGCCGGUUAUUGCCCCACUGGCAAUACCAAUCCAACGAGCAACGGUAAUCCAAAUCAUUAUGCAACGAGUCAUCCCGGUGCUGGCGGUUAUCUAUCCGCUACAUCUGGAUCAGCUGGUGGGGCCUCGACGUUUGCUUCGAGACUUCAAAGUUCACCGCACAAGGACUUCUCGCCGGCGGGACAAAAUUCAAUUCUUCAUCAGCACCAAACCACUGCCAGUUUACCACCAACAGAAGCUACAACUGCGUUUAAACCAUUCUACAAAGGAUCACAAUCAAUGGGUAGUGGGUUCGUAUCGCCGGUCUAAGAAACGUCCAUAGAGAUCGAAGAAAAUCGUCCCUAACUCUCAAGACUUAAUAAAACUACGCCUUGAGAUAUUGAUGGACGUUAUACGAGGACGAAAAACAAAAUGGAAGUGAUCUAAAAAAAUCCCCGAAUUUAUUCUCGUUAUCUUGCCACGAAUAAGAGGAAAAAAGAAAAAAAAAAAGAAAAAAAAGA